CUUUCAUAAAUGGCGGCCGGAUUAAUAUUCUUUUGUUUAAAUUUAAAUUAGCCAUUCUGGCCUCGUUCUCCAGUACAAAAUUCAAAGAAUACAUUAUAACAGGCGAGACCAGAAGGGCUAAUUUAAAUUUAAACAAAAGAAUAUUAAUCCGGCAGCCAUUUAUGAAAGUGGUCUAUAUUAUGCCAAGAGUGACAUCCUUAAAGGACAACGAAGAUUACAGAGCCCCAGGCAACGGAUCGAGAACGGUUAGACGAUUCAAUUACUGGAACUAGAAUUAUAUUUAUCAUUCAGGGAAGAAAACUCUUGGCAGGAUGACAUCAUAAAGCUUCCACAGAAGUUUUAUUCCACAAGUUCCCUCUUGAUAUUGAAUAAUUCUAGGAUAAAUACUUAUAAAUGAAGAAAAAUGGAGUAUACCUGUAAGCAUUGCGGCAAGUGUUUUGAUAAGCCAGGUACCUUAAAACAACAUAAAGCUAUUCACUCAGGAAGAAAGCCCUAUAUGUGUUCACACUGUGGAAAGACUUUCAAUGACCCUUCUAGUUGUCGGCGUCAUGUAAGAACCCAGCACAAGGAAAAGAAGGCUGGUUUCAACCAAGUGAGAAAUCUUCAGCAACAUGAGAACAUGCAUGCAGAAAGAAAAUGCAACAAACAACAGCCUGAUAUAAGCCAGGAAAAAAAGAGAGAAGUGAGACAAAGAGGUCCCAGUCAGCCACUAAAACCUGUGAGAAGCAAAACAGCCAACAGAAAGAAGGGCAGACAUAGCAAAGAUUUACACUCUAGUGGUCCUCGUACUAAACACCAGUUGUACAAAUGUGAGAAAUGUAAUAGAAGUUUUUGUUCUGCAUCUAGUCUUGGGAGACAUACCAUUAUACAUUCAAACAAGAGACCCUAUAAAUGUAAAUACUGUGGCAGAUCCUUUAAUGACAGUGGGAAUCAUCUUAAACAUGAAAGGCUACACGCCAGGAAAGCAAAUCUAUCUGUUAAUGAAUCAUGCACCACACAAGCUUCCACUGUACAGAGAUGUGAUGCAAUUGAGUCAGAAAGCUGCUGGGUUUGCCAAAAAUCAUUUAGUAGGGAGGCACUUCAGGACCACUAUGAGAAGUGCACAUGCAUAUUAGAAUUGUUAUUUAACAAUGUAGAACACGAUACUGGUACCACAAACUGCUCAUGUCAACCGAAACGGAGUUUUUACACCUUUGAAGGCUUGGCAACCAAGCACACAACUGUAAAAUGGACAAUUAAACUUUUAGAGCACUGUGGAAAGUAUAUCCGAUGUUGAAGAUGCUUUUUAUUUGUUCAGAUGAUAUUGUGUGCACAUUAAUGUAAAUGUUUAUAUUUUUAAAUUCUCAGAUAUAUCAUUAAAUGUAUUAAAACAUU